UUGAACAAAAGUUUGGCAUUUGAAGUCGAAAGUGCGAAAGCAUCGUCGUAUCGGAGAGGAGUUUUGUGUUCGCGACGUUCCCGUGUGUAGAAAAUUUACUUUUGCUGCAAAUGCCAGAAUAAAGGCAGGAACACUCAGCCUACGUAAUAAAUGGAGUACAGUGGAGUUUGCUGGGGCCCCACUCGACGAGUGAUUUGAUUUGCUGUUCCUCGAGACGGGAAUUUCGGCGUUGGCAACAGCAAGAAGGCAAACAGAAAGAGAAAAAGUGAAGUAAAUGAUUGAGAAGAUUUGCUAUCGAACUUAGCGUUUACAAAAGAAGAAUACUACAGAAAAACAGUGAUAUAUGAUCAGCGGAACAGGCCGUUGCGGCAAAGUUCAGUGGAAUAACAACAGCAGCCAUCGCCGCCACCAGCAGCACCGCCGCCUUCGUUGCCGUCGCCAGGAGCAGCAGCAGGAACUUUGGAUAACCAGAUCGAAGGCCAUCGUUAGCUGGUCUAUCUCCGCCUUCGCCAGUUGCCAUCAUCGUAGCAGUUGCGGUCGUAGUUCUUGCAGUUUAUAACGACCGCACCAGCUAGACGAGCGACGACAACAAGUUAGCGCGAUCAUCGUUCGUUUUCUUCGCUAUUUGUCACUUCUUAUGUCCUUGGUCCCGUUUGUGUCCUUUACUUUCUCAUAGUUCCUCUUUUAUGUGUUAAAUGCAACCGAAUCCAAACAACAAGCAGCCUUUCUAGUUUCUCCGUUUUAGUUCUGCUGCUUAAUUUGAUUUAAGCCCUCAACUACCACCACCCACGAAAAGCUGCAAAAGUGCACGAAUCCAAGGGCGCGCGGUGUGUCAUUGCGCGGUGUGCUGGCCAAAGAAGAAAAUAUCGUGAAGCAAACCGAGUAUAAGCAAGAGUAGAAGAAAAAAGUUCUGGUAAUCAAAUUAUUCAGUGUUCUUCGGGUGGUGCUGCUGCUGAGAGGGUGUGUGCGUAGUUGUGUAGUAAAUUGUGAUAAUACAAAAGCACGGGACAAUCGGGCACCGAACGUGAGUCCGGUGUUGGUACCCACCGCCCUCGUUUGGUCGACCGACGGAGCCACCAGAAGCAGCAAAGAUCCCGCGGCAACGCGAUCGUCUCAAAGUGUGACGACCCUCACACUCAACCCAACACACGGCAUCACACCACAGCCAUGGAGUGCUGUCUGUCCGAGGAGGCCAAAGAGCAGAAGCGUAUCAAUCAGGAGAUUGAGCGACAGCUGCGACGAGACAAGCGAGAUGCCAGACGAGAGCUGAAGCUAUUACUAUUAGGUACCGGUGAAUCGGGUAAAUCGACAUUCAUCAAACAGAUGCGUAUCAUCCACGGUAGCGGUUACUCGGACGAAGACAAACGUGGCUUUAUCAAACUAGUGUACCAAAAUAUUUUUAUGGCAAUGCAGUCGAUGAUUCGGGCGAUGGACCUGCUAAAAAUCCAGUACAGUGAUCCAGCGAACAUCGAACAUGCGGAGCUGAUACGCAGUGUAGACUUCGAAACGGUGACCACAUUUGAACCGCCGUACGUUCAAGCAAUCAAGGACCUGUGGGCUGAAGCGGGAAUCCAGGAGUGCUACGACAGGAGGAGAGAAUAUCAGCUAACAGAUUCCGCCAAAUAUUACUUGAGUGAUCUGGCGCGAAUUGAAGCCGAAGAGUACCUCCCGACCGAGCAGGAUAUCCUGCGAGCUCGAGCACCAACCACCGGAAUACUCGAGUAUCCGUUCGAUCUGGAUAGUAUUAUCUUUAGAAUGGUCGACGUCGGAGGACAGAGAUCUGAAAGAAGGAAAUGGAUUCACUGUUUCGAAAAUGUGACAUCAAUUAUCUUCUUAGUGGCGCUAUCCGAAUACGAUCAGAUUCUGUUCGAAUCGGAAAAUGAGAACCGUAUGGAGGAAUCGAAAGCUUUAUUUAAGACCAUCAUCACGUAUCCAUGGUUCCAGCACUCGUCAGUAAUCCUGUUCUUGAACAAGAAGGAUCUGCUGGAGGAAAAGAUUAUGUAUUCACAUUUGGUAGACUACUUCCCAGAGUACGAUGGACCACAAAGAGACGCAAUAGCUGCCAGAGAAUUUAUACUCCGCAUGUUUGUAGACUUGAAUCCAGAUUCGGAAAAGAUUAUUUACUCGCAUUUCACAUGCGCAACAGAUACCGAAAACAUUAGGUUUGUGUUCGCUGCCGUAAAGGACACGAUACUGCAGUCCAAUCUAAAGGAGUACAAUUUGGUUUGAACUACAACGUCGUCUUCGUCAUGGUCGUCGUCGUGGCCGUUACCGAAAUGUCGCCUCUACUCUUUUCCUAGUGCGAGCCGCCACAGUCGCCAUCGUCAUCACAGCAGCAAUAGCAGCCGCCGGUACCGCAACCGAAACAGUAGUAGUAAUAGUAGCACCAUCAGUAUCAGUACCAGUAGCCAUGGUAGGAAUAGUAGUAAUAACAGUAGCACUAGAAACAGCAGCUAUCAUCGCUACCCAAACCUCCAUGAAAAAGAAUACCCUCACAGAGUUCGCGCGGGCUGCUAUGAAAGGACAUCGGUUGCCAAAAUAGCUGUCGUCUUCACCAACUGCACUUUGCCAUUGAUAGCGAGAUCACCUCUGCGCGAUGCGGCGAAUCGUUGCUGUAGUCGGGGGUAAGAAAUUGAUACUACUGUUACUGGUCGGGAAGGGUUGCCAAACAACCAUCGCGAAACAAUAGAAACGAAAGAUCCGAAGUAGACUAACAAGGGGAAGCUAUUUCCGUUGUUGUUUUCUUUGUGGAAGACAGCGAACCAUAACCGGAAACCGAAACGAGAUUAAGCCACAACUUGCCAUUGUUUCUUCGCCAUUUGAGGCAGAGGAUAUGUGAAUUUUAUGUUUUCUUUUAUUUCACAAGAAAUUAAGGUACGGCUUUCCAGUGGUACAUGGUUGCUGUCUUGCUCGAGGAGAAGUAUCAUCGUUCAACAAUAAACUUCUGGGAAGAAUAAAAGCUGAAUGUAGUACGAUAGUUCAGCUAUUAUUUAGGUCCGAAAAUAAUAAUCGUUUUUAUCGUUUCGAAUGGGAAGAUUUAUCGAUGGCUGGGCUUCGUUCCGUUACGGAAUAAAAAAAUAAUAAAAAAUGUGCAUCCGAAAGAAAGCAUACAGGAAAAGAGUAAAAUUCUUUUAUUUUAUGUGCAUUUCUUAAUUGUUAGGGUUUAAAAUAGGAUACCUAUAAACAAAGGAAAAAGAAGAAAAAACUAACCAACAGAAAAAAAGAUAGGAGAAAGUAUAAAUAAGUAUGAAACAGAUGAAAAUGCAAAACUAAUUACGAUGUAAACGAAUGCGUUAGGUUUCUGUAUUGUCGUUCUCUGUCGUCCUUUGAUUUAUGGGAAUCAGUCUUCGUUGUUAAUAAUCUCCCUCUCAGUUCGCUACUUUCAGUUAAUGAAUGUUUGAGUCUGUACAGUUUUUGUUAUUACGAGCGCGGUCGUCUUAGAUGAUAUUUAUUUAAAUUAAUUCUAAUUUAAACCAUUAGUUUAUUAAAUAACCAUCAUAUGCAUUGUUUUCUUAAUGUUUAUUUUUUGUUUGUUUUUAUUAUGUUCCCGAGUUUUGUUAGUACUGUUUUUUUAUUUUUCUCAUAGCAACAAAAUAAAUCAAUUGAACACACAAACACAUUCGCAUAUAUACACACAUACGGCGAUAAUUUAGGCACUUUUUUACAACUACACCCCGGCUGCAUGUAAUGCGCUAGAAGAAAAAAUCAAUCCGCACACCCACGCAUACAUGCAUAACUAGGUACACAAAAAUUGAAUUAAAGAAGGAUGGAUGUUUAUAUAUUUAUACAUAUACAUUAAAAAAAAGUGAAAAUGUAAAGUCAAUCUAUUUAUUCUGCAAUUUUUAGAAUUAUUUUUCAGCAAAUUGACUAUCAUUUUUAGUGUAUUUAAAAAAAAGUCAGUUUUUUUUUCGAAAACUGGAAAUUUCGGAAAUUUUUGCCAGGUAAACACGCUGAUCAUGUCGUUUUCUUCCACUGACUGUCUUGCUCUAUCGUGCAUUUGUUAAUACUUGUUUAUACAACCAGAAUUUAAUUCUUUUCCCGAUCACGGCAUACAAAUUCGGAUUAAAAGGCCAAUUUAUCAUUCUUCCAGGAAAACGGCUUACGGUCAGCGUGAAUCGUAUUCGAAUCGAUUAUACAGGGCAAAACCAAUCCUCGAUGAUGCGCAACCCACCCGGUCCCAAAAUUUAGUUGUAAUUUUUACGUGAAACUAUUGUGACUGUGAAAUAUAAAGUUAAUAAUCAUUUAUACAUUUGUAGUAAGCGUUAGAGUUUUUUUUUCCUUUAAUCAAUGUUGUCAUUGAUUUCGUGCAAGAAUGUAAUUUUAAACACAGCCUGAAGCACCCGCCACUGACCUUCAGUACACAGGAACAUAUUGUUGGGAAAAACUUAUAUUCUCAAAAUUCAUGAAUGAAACAAACUACGAGUCAAAACUUACCGGACUCAUCGACCCAUUUGCUUUAUUGCAUGAAAGUUUGGUGUUCCCUAUUGUAAACAUGCAAGAAUCUCUCAUCAACACAGUCAUCACUUCCAAUGAACAAACUGUCUUUGCAUGCUUCAUAAUGACGGCAGUGUUGAUGUUGAUUUGUUUAGCUUAAAAAAUAGUGAAAAAACUUUCAUCUGAUAGAACAUCGUGUAAGCAAUAUAUUGCGCCUCGAUAUGUUUUUUUUUCUGCAACUGAGUGAUACGGUGCGUUUUCACUAACCUGUAGAACUCAAGCGGGAUUUGUUCCUGCAGAAUUUAUAGCGAGUUUGUUCGCACUGGAAAGUUCGUGGAUUGAGAAUUAAGAAUGAUUUUUCCGAUACUGCACAGAGGAAGCAACAUUUCAAAACAAAGACUUCGUACGUGCUUCAUGAAACAAGAAAUAGUCGUUCUGGCUAGUAAUUCCCGAUUUACACUCAUGAAGGGUGUUGAACAUUAACCUACAUGAAGAUGUUUGGGAUCAACUUAAACGUCGACAUUGAUGAUAAGAAUGACGCUCUGAUAUAAGCCGGUUUUGUUCCGAAAACAUUUCAUUUAUGUAAACACACUUCCAUAUAUUAUUUUAUUAUAUUAAUGUAAAACUGUCUGUGUAGGAAAAUCCCCACAUGAAGAUUAGAGAUCUGUUCUUUAUGAUAAUUUUUUUAUUUGUUAUGAGCAUGAUUUGAAACGUGUACAUUUGUUGUUAGGUAUUUUAAAACCUUCUCUAAUUCUACUAUUCUUAUGCAGAAAUGUUUGCAGAUGAAAAUUAGUCGAUGCUGUUUUCGACUGUAAUAUUUUUCGGGCCAAAAUAUAAACUUCUGUCAAAUUUGCUUUAUCAUUAUUGCUAUAAACACUACACCCAAAAAACAAAUCUGGCAAUCAUUGUAUAAAAUCUAGGCAUAUACAAUUCUGUAAGCUUUUUAUACAGGUGUUGUAUUAAAAUAAUACAAAUCUAUAUUAUUUUAAUAUAAAAAUUGUAUUAAAAGUUUCCGAAAUUGUAUAUGCCAAAUUAUUAUACAGUUUCUGUAAGGUUCUUAUGCAGAAUUGUAUUAAAAUCUGCCAUUUGCUGGUUGGGUGUAGUAGCAAACAAUAGAAAUCAGUUUUCAGCGAAAGGAAUGGAUGCAAACAAUCAUAUUUUUGUUCCGCAAAACGUUAUCAAUGAAACCAUUUUAAUGUGUAAUAUUAUUCAUUAUUUCAUACUUAAAUUCAACUAUUCAACAAACUAUGAAUUUAACACAAUUUGAACGUCGUUUUCUGUAUGCGAUAUGAUCCAAUGGAAGCAAAGUAAUUUAAAAUAAAACAAAACGGUGUAGAGAGAGAAUUCACACAUGUAAAUAUUUCUUAGUGAUCUUGAAGAAAUUUUAUGAAAUAUCGGAAUGUCUGGACAAGAUCCAGUUAACUCGGCACAGGUGUCAAAUCCGCGUGCCCAUUCGUGUUUGCAGACCGCAGCAGUUCGGUUAUUUGCAUGCACGAUUGGGCUGUUUUACCACCGCCAUAUUGCGCUUCAUUUCACUCGCAUACAUAUACACAUUCAUAGAUACAUACGCACACAACGUACAGACAAUGGAGAGUUGAAAAGCCAUACUGAUCACACGCAUACAAACUUACAUCCUCUCACAUUCACGCUCACUUAUACGCACACAUGUACGCAAGCUUGGAGGUUUAAUAAGAAGUAUUCAGCAAAGAUAAAAUCAGACAUUAUCACGAAGAAUAAAUAUGCAAAGAACACAACAGUUUGUACGGAAGUAAUUGAAAGUGUGCUGGGCUCUUCACACAUCUACGGAUCCCAACAAUAAAUACAAAACUGAUAGAGAAAAUACCGUAAAAUGAUGACGAUACUCGCUGCGUAGGUGAGAAAAUAACACGAGAAAUAUUAAUAGGAAAGACAUGGAGCAACGAAACAAGUUAAAUGAUAACAGAAACAUGUCAUGCGAACCAAACACACACAUUUUGCUCUAUUUUGUAUGACACAUAAACCAAAAUGAAGCGCUACUUCCCGACUAUGGGACGAAGCAUGUUUGGUGGAAAACGGCACAUUUUCACUUCCACACACAUACAACAAGGCUUUAGAUAGUUAGAUAAUGUAAUUUCAAUUGUUUUUUGGAUGCUUAAAAACUGACAGCUAGACCGCGUAAAAAAUGUAAUAGUUGUUUAUUACGGUGGGUCUAAGUAUUGAGUACACGAUCAGCAUUAACGGCUUCAAUUAUUUCUGUGCGUGCAUGUAUCUUACUGCUUGCUAUUCACUUACCAUAAUACGUGUUAGAUACUGUUCCAUUUGUUCCACCAGCUUCAAAGAUGUUUAAUUAAAUGGAAUAGUACUAACUCGCAUUAUAACAAGUAACGACAUUCCACUAAACAAGCUCUGAAAGUAAUUCUGUAUUCAACUUGCUUGCUAUUGUUCAUUAAGGUUAAGCAGUGGGCUUAUAGACAAAUAAUACAGAUUCUAGAGCUACGAUUAAUCUAGAUCUAAUAAUUUGCAUGUAAACGGCUGUAAUCCCAUCAAGGACGCAGUGGAUAAAAUGUGUAAAAUGACGCAGUAUAGAAACUGUGUACGUGUUGAAACAUUAAAGGUCAGAUGAUGGUCGUGUACUUAUUUACUUAUCAUGUGAAUUAUAUUUUACUGGUACAAAAGUUUACCUCUGUUUCACUGCUUUGACCUAUGUUGCUUCGAUCACUCCAAAAAGCUUACCUCAUAAAUGUUUGGCAAUUUUCACAUAACAUAACGAUAAUGUGUUUCCUCGUCUUCGUUAUACGUGAUGUGAAUUGCCAAACAGUUGGAUAUUCAGUUUUCUGGUGUAAUAAACGAUAGUCAGUUAUAGUUUUAAAAUCUCUAAGAUCAUUUGUCUAUAACCGAAUUAAAACUAUAAAAACAGUUCGUGCCAAGAUGAGCAAUCAAACGGAACCAUUGCAACAGCGUAACGAAUUUCGUGCAAUAACCAUUCCCAUUUUGGCCAUAUUUAUGCAAUUUUUUUAUUCGUCCGUUAGGAGUGGCGCCAUUGUUUCCAUUUUCUCGGCUCUUUGGUAUGCAUAGCAUAAAUCAUUCUAUCGUACAUCGCCGCAAAUCAUAUAUUUCCUAUGUCUCAUAUUUUUGGUCGAUGAAAUUAAAAAAUAAGUUGUCGAAAACAACAAAAAACAUAACAUGCACGGCGAAAAAAUGUGACAAACGUCUUUUUAGUAUUCUGUGCCAUUUUUUUAAACGAGAAUUGAAAUCUCCUCUAUAACGCGUUUAUCGAAAUGAAUUAGAUUUGAUUAAGAAUCAGUAAGAUCUAAACAAAAACAAAACAUGAUAACACAAAAAGUCAUUUACCCGCAAACAAAAUCUCUCCUUGCUAUUACUAAUAAUGCAUAACACGAUUGAAUAUUUCAGAAACAUAAUAAUGCGAGCUCCAAUAAACAUACUCCGUGGUACUGCAUCGCGGAAUUCAAAAACUGACGUUCGUAGCAGUUUUUGAAUGAAACCAAUUCUGUGUGACGUGAGAACACUAAUCAAAAUGAACGUUUGUAAAACCUACAUAUAUCUCGCAACAGGAAAAGCAUUAAACAAAAAUCAGCAACAACACAAAAGUUUGCUAACAUUUUGUGAGAACACUGAAUUAACACAGGAGAGACACUACCGAUCUUGAACAACAAUUGAGCAGCCCCUCGCGCAUUAUUCCCGCCGUUCGGUGAUCAGAUCGCCCAUUUGAUUACCGCAUGGUGAGUUAGCGUGACCUAAGCAGGCCUGGCGCUUCAACCGAAAUAACAAUUAAAAAAAAGAACAACAACAAAGCCUCUCUACGUCAACUAGGAUCGUGGCAGAAUUUAAAAAUUCAAUAGCGUAUUCGCUAGAGCAGGCAUUAAAAAUCAAUUUUUUGUCGAAAGUGGAUCAAAGAAGUCUAGUGAUACCUACAGAACGCCCUAAAAAAGUUACGCACGCACAUACUAGAUAGUCUGAUAAGGAUUCUUCCAUGUCCAAAAUUUGACUUGAACGAUUCAUUUUUUCUCUGAAAUCGUCUCCCUACCUUUCUCGCACUCCAAAAGACACUAAAAUUCACGUUUCUGAUGAGCCAAUGCUGAAAUCGUGAACCUUAGUAUCAUUCUCAAACGUCAAUCACCUACAAUUUUCAAAAAAUCAUAUGCGUUACCACUUGCAUUCGAUUUCUAUGCUCGGACCAUCGCUGUAAGUUUUUAUCAAAAGCAAACCCCAUCCACAGAACAAUUUGUACUCCCCAAAUACAAGUCAUCUCGCAUGUGAAAGAAUCUUUUUCUUGACGCUUUCAUUUCAAAUCAAUUUCGAGUGGAUUUGAAAUGAGACGUUAAUUCAAUAAUGUGUGUGUGUGCGUGUGCAAGAGCGCCCAUCUACGCAAUGGAACAUAAAUUGCAGAAAACAAAAAGCAAACUAACUACCACUACACAUAACUAGCAAAAAACAUUAACCAAUAUGGCAGAAGGACGUAAUGUGAAGUUUUUUUUUUCUAAAAGUAAAAUUAUUUCUUCACAUCGGCAAAACCAGAAAGCGAAUCAAAGCAACUAUACGGAAAAUGAUGAGCGAAGGAAAACCAACACACAAACAAAUGUUCAGAAAGUCCUUUCUUAAUAUAAUAAUAAACAACAUUAAAAAUAAUCUAUGAUAUGAAAAAAAAUACAAAAUAAAUAUAUAUUUAUGUUUUUAAUUAUAUUUAAACAGAAAAAGGAAAAACAAAAAAUGAGAAAGAAAACAAGAAAAAACACAAACGCGCGUAUGAAGGAGAAAAAGUGGAGAAAUGUGGAAGAACAGAAUAAUAUAAUUAUAAUGAAUGAAAAAAUGAGUAAAAAUAAUUAUAAAUAAUAUAAUAAUAUAAUUGUGUAAACUAAUGGCUGGAAUUUAUAAGAAACUAAAUAUAUAAUAAAAAUAAUAGAAAAACAAA